AUGCCGUGCGGUGCGCCGGUGGCUUCGUCCGCCGGCGUUCCCCCGGAUUCCAGACCGAACCCAGGGGAAUGGAAUGGGGGAGGGCAGCUGGGCAGGGGGGAAGGUGGCGGUGAUGAACGUAAAAAAAAAACUGAAAAACCGCUGGCCACAGACCGUCUAAGAUUAACCAGCGAUAAAAAAACGGCAUUGGUCUCGAACGAGUACUCGUGCCCUCGAGCGAGGUCUCGUGUGGAUCUUGCGAGUGCCCUCCUUCGCCCGCCGCCGCCCAUCGGUCCUUCCCCGCCAUCCCUCCAUUGCUCCCUCCUCGAUCCCGAUCUGGAUCGAGGGGACGAGGAGCUCGUGCCUCCCCGACGGCCGGCCUCCUCCUCGCCCCGCCGCUGCGUCCGGCGCCGCCAUGGCCUCUGGAGCCAGGGAAGCCAUGGCCUGAGCUCGGCCUCGAGGUCCCCGCCGCCGUCUCCUGCAGCUUCUGCCCCGCCGCCUCGCCGCCCGAGCUCGCCGUCGCACCAACCUCGGCGCCGCGCCGACGCCGGCUCUGGUCGCCUCCACCUCCGCGCUGUGAGGAACCCACCACGCGUGUCAAGGCGAGGCGCCUCCUGGGCUGCGUCCGUUUCCAGAGCGAGCGCCCGUGAAUACCUAGCUAGCCGCCGCCGUCGUGACCGUUCCAGCCACCGCCAAGGAGCUUGCACAGAGUUUUUAGUAGAAGACGGCGUAAAUUGUGGUAUUGGCCGCAAUCUGGAAGUUCUUCAGAUCCAAAUCCUGCUUCAGAAAGUGUAUAUGAAGCAAAGGUCUGCACCUACAUGUUAUCAGAAGUCAAGUCUUAGACAAGGUUUGUCAUUGUCCAUAGAUUCAAUCUUCCCCCCUUUCUCUAUUGACAUACUUCUAGGAGCUGCAAUGCUCAAAUUGCCACGGAUCUUAGACUGGUGUCAAGAUGCUAUUGAUAAGAUUUUGAAUUGCAUCAAACGGUUUCAGGAAAGUGGAAGGAGUGAUGAAGAACUAAAACAUAGUUACAGUGGGCGUUUUUUAUAGGAACAAAACUGAAGAAUUUGACAUUAACAUAAUUUUAGUACUAAAUCAGGUGUCCCUGGUUUUGUUAGCAUCAGGACAUGUUGACCUAAUUGUCCAUGGUUACACUCAUCUUCAAACGGCACAACUUGUUUUGCUGCACAUCUUCUCUUACCAUAUGAUGAACAGAACGACGGCGCCGACAUGGAUGACUCGGAGCUCAACCUUGUCAAGGGCCGCGAGCAGCGGCGACUUUCUUUUCCACGAGAAGAUGACCAAGGGCGCCAUCGGCCACUUUGUCUUCGCCGUCGAAGAGUCCAAGCUCGUCUCCGCAUCGGUUGCAUUGGUGCCGAUCAGGGAAAUAUGGACACUGGAUGAGCCUGUUAUACAAUACAGUCGUGCACCUCUAUCGCGUCGAGAAGGACAGGAAUUCUCAGGAGAGUUUUCUCCCUUUCGCAGGAUACGCGAGACUGUGCGACGUCCGCUGGACAAAGCGGUUGGACUAUUUGAGACCGCUUGACAUGAUGUGGUUGGUCCGGCGCCGUUUUGCGGGUUUUCUUCACGGGACGGCGCAGCGGCUUAGUGGGCUGUCCCCCCCCCCCACACACACACACACAGUUGCAUCCUUACCCCUGACCCAUUGAUUCUUCCCCGUUUGCUUUGAAUUUGAUGUUCAACUGUAGGACUGAAUUUUGAAGUUUGUCUUGGUUUAUCUUGAAUUCCCUCUGACCCCUAAUCAUCUGUGUGUAGUAGAACUACUUGUCCUUCCCAUACCUCCACUAACUUUUUUCUUACUAUAUCAUAGUUGUUUGAUUAUUGGCAAAUAAAACAACAAUUAUUUACCUUAUCCUUUUUUAUCUGCAGAUUGGUCUAGCAACAUAGAGAGGAAGCUGCAAAGAAGCUCCAAGUGGAUGUAGAGGUACAUGUAUCUGUGAUUUUAGGACCACUACAGCCAAAGUUUUCAUGAAAACUGCAGGGUUGCUUAAGAGGAACAAACAGUUCUUAAGUUCAUUACAUUAGAGUGGCUGCUGAGCUGUAAAUUAGUAAUACAUGCACAUAGAGACUAAUCUGCUAUGUUCAGUAGUAAUACAUCAAUUAAGUUCAGUACAUGGUUCGUGUAUUGCAUAUGAUGGUUCAGAUAUGGUUUAUUCCAUUCAGGCUAUUUUGCUAUGUUGUGAUGAGUUUGGGCAUUUGGAUGAAGAGAGCAAAUCGAUUAUGGAGAAGAAUUUUUGUGUGCCGUGGAUUUACCAUUGAUGAUUUAGACUUUAGUCUGCAUCAUCAUUGUAUUAUUAUAUUACUAAACACUUGAUUUUUCUUCAUUUAGACAUUUCUUUUUGGUAGGCACACCUAUGUCAACAUAUUGUGCCCUCCUUAAAUUCAGUUACAAGUACUUAUGUGUGUGUGAUGUUGCCUUCUCUUAUGAUGUGCUCAUAGGCCAAAGUGAUUUCUCCUCUCUUUAUCUGUAAAACUAUAACCCAACAUUCUUGGCCGCCCACCCAUGUUUGACUUGGUCUAUAUGGCAGUGUGCAGAAAGCCUGAGCCCAAGAAAACUCCAUUGUGGCUCACUGAUUCUGCCGAUAAGUCGUAUAAAAAGAGUCAUGUGCUAUCUAUUUAUUAUUAUUAUUAUAAGUUCAUCGCUACCACUUUUACUUCUCUUUAUUGUUUUAUGUGCCUUUGUAUAAUAUGCUAUUAUAGGAUAUUUUCUUGUUCCAAUCAAAUCCAUAAUAUAGUUCAUCCUUACUAAAUAGUAGUGUCUACUGCACUAAUCUGUACUAAGAUCUGGUGGCUUUGGUAGUUUCAUCACUAUCUUGCACUUCUUAUAUAUAAGGUCUCUUUAGGAACUUCUAAAUUUUUAUUUUGUCAUUAGUGGUGUGGUGUGUCUGGUUAAAUUGGUGUUACUAAUAGCUUUCUUUCAGUUUUCUCUUCAAUUUCAGCUUGUGGAAUUUGAGGAGAAUCUGUGCACCAGCAUCCGACUCCUUGAUGUUGCUCUGAUCAUAUUGUGUAAAUAUAUUUCUAAUAAAGCAAUCGCCCGGUGGUGUACAUGUUAGAAAUAACAAGAUGUAAUCAUCAAGUGUGAGAGAUGGCAACAUCAUGAUGGGAUGGUAUGUACUGUUGUGCUCAUCAAUAGGGGGAGCUCAAGGUCAUGGCAGGGCUUCGAUUUUUCUUGUAGAAAAGAGAGACAUAGGAGGAUCCGGGGAGGAGGAGAGGUAGGAGAAGAAGGACGGGGAAGUAGGAAGGGUGCAGUAGGGGUGAGUGUGCUUCCGCCUGCCACGCCCAAGGCUUGAUCUGCCGCCGCCUCUCCUCUACCCAUGCUGCCUGUGACACGUCAGAUCCCCAGCUGCCGUCACUUCUCCUCUGCCCAUGGGCCAUGGCUGUUUUAAUGCAUCAAAUCCACUACAGAUCGAUCUGCUGUAACAUUGGCUGGGUGUUCUCUUCUCGACUCUACCAACACUCUGGAGUUACAAGCAAUUGCAUCAGGAGCUCGGUCAAAAAUCACCUAAGAAAAAUAUGUCAUUCUUCUCUACAAGGGUUGCAUGUGGAAUUUGAGGAGAAUCUGUGCACCAGCAUUCCGACUCCUUGAUGUUGCUCUGAUCAUAUUGUGUAAAUAUAUUUCUAAUAAAGCAAUGGCCCGAUGGUGUACAUGUUAGAAAUAACAAGAUGUAAUCAUCAAGUGUGAGAGAUGGCAACAUCAUGAUGGGAUGGUAUGUACUGUCGUGCUCAUCAAUAGAGUUAGAUCACUUUUA